UUUAGUCAAAGAAAUGUCCUCCAUCCUUCUAUAAAACGAACCGAAAGUAAUUUAGUUACUGAAUUACACUUUCUGAAUAAUAAUCAGAAUUAAGAAUGGCACCAUUUAAUUUCAACGUGUUUAUGUUACUCUCUCUUUUAUCCAUUGUUGUUACUCAUAUUGAUGCUAUUAAACCUCUUCAUCUUCAAGAAUUUUCUGAUUUCAAUCGGACCAGUUUCCCACCAGGCUUUGUUUUUGGAACAGCCUCUUCUGCAUUCCAGUAUGAAGGUGCAGUAAGAGAAGGUGGAAAAGGACCAAGUAUAUGGGAUACCUUUACUCAUAAAUACCCAGAAAAAAUUAGAGAUAGACAUAAUGGAGAUGUAGCCGACGACUCGUAUCAUCGGUACAAGGAAGAUAUUGGAAUCAUGAAGGAUUUGAAUAUGGAUGCUUAUAGAUUUUCAAUUUCUUGGUCUAGAGUGCUACCAAAAGGAAAGUUUAGUGGAGGUGUAAACCAGGAGGGAAUAAACUACUACAACGACCUCAUCAACGAAGUAUUGGCUAAAGGUAUGCAACCAUAUGUUACCCUUUUCCAUUGGGAUGUUCCUCAAGCCUUAGAGGAUGAGUAUGACGGUUUUUUAAGCCGUCGCAUUGUAGAUGAUUUUAGGGACUAUGCUGAACUUUGCUUCAAGGAAUUUGGCGAUAGGGUGAAACAUUGGAUUACUUUGAAUGAACCAUGGAGUGUGAGCAUGAAUGCUUAUGCAUAUGGAAAGUUUGCACCGGGUCGAUGUUCAGAUUGGUUAAAUCUGAAUUGCACAGGUGGUGAUUCAGGGACCGAACCAUAUUUGGCUGCACACUACCAACUUCUCGCUCAUGCUGCUGCUGUAAAACUGUACCGGACCAAAUAUCAGGCAUCUCAAAAUGGUAAAAUAGGGAUUACCUUACUCUCCCAUUGGUAUGAGCCAGCCUCUCAAGCAAAAUCAGACGUUGAUGCUGCGCUACGAGGCCUUGACUUUAUGUUUGGCUGGUAUAUGCAUCCAAUCACAAAAGGAAACUAUCCAAAAAGCAUGCGAUCCUUGGUGGGAAACCGGCUACCGAGGUUCUCCAAAAAAGAAUCCAAGAAUCUUAAAGGGUCCUUCGAUUUUCUCGGCCUAAACUAUUACUCAUCCUUUUAUGCUGCUGAUGCACCUCACCCACGCAAUGCCAGACCAGCCAUACAAACUGAUUCUCUCAUUAAUGCUACAUUUGAACAUAAUGGCAAGCCCCUUGGUCCAAUGUCUGCUUCCAGUUGGUUAUGCAUUUAUCCACGAGGAUUUCGACAAUUGUUGCUUUACGUCAAGAAGCAUUACAACGACCCCGUAAUUUACAUUACCGAAAAUGGUCGUGAUGAAUUCAACGAUCCAACAUUAUCACUUGAAGAAUCCCUUUUAGAUACUGACAGAAUUGAUUACUUUUAUCGUCAUCUUUAUUAUCUUCAAACUGCAAUCAGGGAUGGCGUGAAUGUAAAGGGAUACUUUGCGUGGUCGUUGUUGGAUAACUUUGAAUGGGAAUCUGGCUUCAGUUUGCGAUUUGGACUCGUCUUUGUGGAUUUCAAAGACAACUUGAAAAGACACCCAAAACUCUCCGCGCAUUGGUUCAAGAAUUUCCUCAAAAGAUCUUAGACAUACUAUCUAUUAUGCAUGGUUUCAAGAAAAGUUUUGUUUAAAUGAACUUUUUUUGAGAAGUUGGUUAAAUGAACUUAGGAUUAGAAAAAAGUGAUAUGAAAGUCACUCAAUGAUUUAUAUGAAAUAUGAGAAUCACUAAUAAAAGAAUUUAUAUGUGUUUAUAAAUGGAUGGAUUUAUUAUUCGCUCUCUUAUACUCUAAUGCAAUUCUAGAAGUUGAAUCGUCGAA